UAAGAGCCGUUUGUGGCUACGUCUGGGACUGGAGGGAAGGUUGAAGUUGGGGGUGGGGUGAGGUGUAAAUUCGCUCCUAGGUUCUGAUUAGAACUAGACACCCAGCCCCUCAGUUCUCUUCCCCCACCCCACCCCACCCCCAGCGGAAUGGAUUCUCCUGAGACUAAGGGGGUUGCAGUUGGAGAAGAUGGUGCUGGCAGCAGCAGCAACAGCAAAUUCAGUGAGGCAGACAGUAGGGAUUGUAUCUUGGAGCCUCUUUCUCUGCCAGAAAGUCCAGGUGGCAUCACCACUUUAGAAGGUUCCCCAUCUGUGCCUUGUAUCUUCUGCGAAGAACAUUUUCCCGUGGCUGAACAAGACAAACUUCUGAAGCACAUGAUUAUUGAACACAAGAUUGUCAUAGCUGAUGUCAAGCUGGUUGCUGAUUUCCGAAGGUAUGUUUUAUACUGGAAGAAGAGGUUCACUGAGCAGCCUAUCACAGAUUUCUGUAGUGUGAUAAGAACCAAUUCCAAAGCUCCAUUUGAGGAGCAGGACAAUUAUUUUUUAUUAUGUGAUGUUUUACCAGAAGAUAGAGUUCUCAGAGAAGAGCUACAGAAACAGAGAUUGAAAGAAAUCCUAGAGCAGCAACAGCGUGAAAGAUAUGAUACCAGUUUCCAUGGAGUGUGUAUGUUUUGCAGUGAAGAAUUCACAGGAAACAGGUCUGUCCUUUUGAACCACAUGGCAAAAGAGCAUGCCUUCAACAUUGGAUUGCCAGACAAUAUUGUACAUUGCAGUGAAUUUCUCGAGACAUUACAGAAAAAGCUUGACAACUUGCAGUGCUUAUACUGUGAAAAGUUCUUCAGAGACAAAAAUACACUUAAGGAUCACAUGAGGAAAAAGCAGCAUCGCAAGAUCAAUGCUAAGAAUAGAGAAUAUGACCGAUUUUAUGUCAUUAAUUAUUUGGAGCUUGGAAAGUCCUGGGAAGAAGUUCAGUUGGAAGACGAUCGGGAACUGCUAGAUCAUCAGGAAGAUGACUGGUCUGAUUGGGAAGAACACCCUGUCUGUGCUGUCUGCUUGUUUUGUGAAAAACAAGCAGAUACUACUGAAAAAUUACGUGACCACAUGGAGGAUGCACAUGAAUUUGAUCUUCUGAAAAUAAAAUCCGACCUUGGAUUACAUUUCUAUCAGCAAGUAAAACUGGUCAACUUCAUUCGGAGGGAAGUUCACCAAUGUAGAUGUUAUGGCUGCCGUUUGAAAUUUACAUCCAAAGCAGAAUUAAGAAAUCACAUGGAGAAAACUAAACACAUAUCAAUGCUUCCUGAAAGAACCACAUGGGAUCAGCCACAGUAUUACUUUCCAACCUAUGAAAAUGACACCCUUCUGUGUGCACUGUCUGACAGCGAAGGUGACUUGAGUGCUGAGGGGCUGAAGAAAGAUGACAUCCCCGUCAUCAGUGAGGAUGUGCCCAAUCUACAGGCUCUGAAACAAGGCAGCGUUUUGAAACAUUUACUACAAGGAGAUGGCUCAAAAAGCCAGAGAAAACUGUAGCCAACAGCAGGAAUGUUGGGCUAGCUUUAAAACCCAAUCACAAAAGGACAGUUCAGAUUUCAACACAGGAUUUCAACCUAGAGAGCACCUUGGAGAUCAUCUUGUCCAACCUUAUCAUCUUAUAGACAAGAAAACUCAGCUCCUAGGAGGUUUGGUGAUUUGCCCUGGAGAAGACUAGGAGUAACUAGCAGAAUCAGUAUUCCAACUCAAGUCCCCUAAUUCUAAGAUAGAUCAAUCAAAAAAGGAGAAAACAUGGAAUUGUGGUCCAUAAUUCAGCAGGUCAUUAUUUGGCAUAAAGUCAACUGCCAAGGGAAAAUGAAGUCCAGACAACUUAAGUUUUAUUCUUUUGGAUGCUUGUAACUUCUCCAUAAAUUAUUCUGAAUAAAAUUUCCACAUGAAUUGUUCUGCAAAA